GUUGCUACUUGCUGCUUGCUGCUUGUUAUUGCUUUGUUACUUUGUUGCUUGUUGCUUGUUUGUCACCCUUUAUCUUUAUAUGUCUUAUCUCGUCUUUUCUUUUAUAAUAUGCUUUUUUUUCUAUACCUUUUAUUCAUAUAAAGAAGAAGAAGAAGAAGAAGUAAAGAAGUAAAAAAGUAAAGAAGUAAAAAAAAAAAAAAAAAAAAAAAGUCAAAAGAAAAAGCUACCAAACUGUCAAUAUAAAAAAAAAUGACACCAUCAUCGUCAUAAAAAAAUCAUAAAAUAAAUAAAUAAAUAAAUAAAUAAAUAAAUAAAUAAAUAAAGAAGAAGAUAAAUAAACGGAAAGAUAAAUAGGUAGAUAGAAAGUGGAGUGAGUAAGAAAUAAAGAGAGAGAGAAAAUAAAUAAAGAGAAGGUGUAAAAACAAGUCACGAAUAAUCUACUCUUCUUCUUCUUCUUCUUUUUCUACUUCUUUAUUUUAUCCAACUACCUAUAUACACACAAUACACCUCUUCUACCUCGUAUUAUAUAUCCUGUAACGUGUAUUUAUAACAGAAAAAGACAAGCAACCAACCAACCAACCAACCAACCGACGAAGAAGAAGAACAAUAUCUAUCUAUCUCUUUGAAUUGUUAUGAGCACUAAAUUCGACAGAAUGAAUAGCCCUUCAAACGAACAAACAGGAUCACCAAAAAAUACACGGUCUGGAAGUGAAGAAGAAAUGGCAGUAACAAAAAAGAAUGAGACAACCGCCGUCAGUAUGAUGGCCUUACCUUCCCCAGCAGCAGAAGUAUCUAUGGGUGAAUUAAGAGCUGCAAAACCAUCCUCAACCACAACAACCAAUGGCAACAAACAACAAAAAUCAUCAACAUCUACAUCCUCUUCAUUAUUAUUAUCAUCAUCGCCCUCAUCGUCAUCCUUUAGUCCUUCAUUCUAUCCACCCACCCAGAUGACCCGAGACCAGCUCAAAUACUCUGCUGCAAUCACUCGCGAACUCAAGAAACACAGAGACGCUGCCCCAUUCCUACACCCCGUAGAUUAUGUCAAGAUGAACGUGCCAGACUAUCCAAAGGUUGUCAGACACCCCAUGGAUCUCACAACCGUCGAUCGCAAAUUAAGCCGAGGCCAAUAUGUAGACGUGGAUGCCUUUGUGGCCGAUGUCAGACUAGUGUUCAACAAUUGCUACAAGUUCAAUGGCCCUGAAGCAAUGAUCUCGAUGCUCUGCCAAAAUGUAGAAUCCGCAUUUGAAAAGAGUAUGCGACAGAUGCCACCAUCCAAAGAGGUAAAUAAAAAAAAAUUGUAUUUUAUAUUUUACUAA